UAACAGGAACAGUUGGCGUUGAAUUCUCGGAAGCGGAAGUCCAACUUGAGUGUUUGCCUCGUAGAAGUGGGAAUUCAUAUCAGAUAAACCGUAACUCUGAUUGCACCGUUCAAAUGUGAACUGCACUUUGUGAUUUCUUUAUGGUGAAGAAGGUUUACACAUCCGAUAGUUGAGAUUUGAUUGAACUAAACAUGGUUACUCACCCCGGCAAAACUACUCAACCGAAACCGAGGACGAAGGAUUAUGCCAUAAAGUUUAAAGUGCUCUUGUUUUUUAAUAUGUGUUGAGAGUAAAAGUAAAAAUUAUAUCUUUUUCAAUAUGAAAUCAAUAUAAUGAUCCCGGUCGGUUUGCAAAUCAAGAGGAUAGAAGACUACACCCAAAAAACCCCCCUCGCAUCGGUGAAUCGAAUUCAGUGGAAAGAAAACGGUGAAAAAUAAAAACACAAGGGGAAAAUUCAUUCCCGUAAAGACCAAGCUGCCCAAGUGUGUGCGUGAUUUCGAUUUCGAACGGUCAAGUGAAGGAAAAAUCUGCUCUAAGCCGGUUCGAACGAAAAAGAAAAACAGCUGAGCGCCUAGCGAGUUUCAAAUCUAUAUUAUACAGUGAUAUUUAAAAGCGUCACGUCGCCGUCGUGAAAAAUUUGUACUUGAGCAAAGGCGCACGAAUACAGUUCUUAGCUCUGCUGGCUGAGCUCAGUCAGUAGUGAUUUCGAGUGGAAACAAACAAGUCGCAAGUGUGCUUGCUUAUCGGCGUUUCGGGGAAGAAAGUGUAGCGGCCUCGGUCUUCAUUGAUUGAUUCAUUGAUUGUGCUGUGGGGCUUGUGUGUGAUAUUUGUGUUUGGUUUUAACGGAAAAAAUGUGGGCCACCUUCAAAGGACGAAAAGCCUGACACGACUAGCUUCGUGCCUGAAUUCGUGUGAAGAGAGUUUGGUAGUUUGCUUGAGUAAAACAAAAAGUGGGACCUUCGGAUCCCCCCGGAAUAUCUGAAAGUGACUUUGUACGGGUCGCCAUUGUGGCGCAUUAUCAUCGUCAGUUGCCGAGUUCGCCAAAUCGGCGCCCAACCGGCUUGAUGAGAAAGAAACCAGUGCUAACCGAGUUGAAUCAAAUCAUUGCGUACCCUAUGUUUUAUACCCGGAAGAAGGACUUUCCCAGAAAAGAGAGUAAUUGUGAACGGUAUUCACCGAAGGAUCCGCGCCUUAGAUCGACCCAUUUAAAGCUAUCGACGUUAAUAAGGGUUAAUAACACCACCACCCGCCAAAAGACUAUACGAAGAACGUCGUCAGCCGCCGUCGUCCGCGCGAUCGAAAGUAGUUAGGAUUUUCGCCCGGUAUCAACAACCCCCCAAAAAAAACGGUUGCGUAGUGUUGUUGCUGACAGUUCAAAACAGCUUCAUCGGCAACACAAAUUUUCCCAGAUCCUCGCGAAAAUCUCACGCUUUCCCUACUCUCUUCUCGGUUUAUUAACGUACCCCAAGUGUUUGUCUGUGUUUGAGAGAAUUGCGCAUCGACAACACUUCAGCUACAAAAGAAAAGAGGAAAUCAGAAAGCCAACCGUUAAGAACCUAGACCACAGAGAGACGAUCAUCAAUCCCGGCGCUAAAGGACAGUGCUGAGGAACAGCGUUGUCAGUUGGAGCGAACGAUCGCACUCGUUGAGAUUGCUUCCGGUUCUCGGGCGUCGCAAAGCAGCUGUUUGACAUAUGACCAACCCAACAAACUCCGACGGUUUCUCGCAAACUUGUGAUCACUUGUGUCAGCCCCACGCUUUUCGGACGCCAAGCGUCGUGCCGCACUUAUUUUGGGACCCGAGUUGUUGUGUAUCGCCGUCAGCGAGCAAUCACACCUGAAGGUCAGGGCAAAGCCGUCCUGUCGUAAAUUCGCGACGCCGGCAGUCGACGCCAACAUUUACCGAGUGAUUUUGCUUUUCAUCAACAUUUUCGUCAACUAACAACAUCAACCGAUAGCUAAGAAUAGCUUCGCCGAAAAUGGUCGUCGAAAUACAGAUCACCGACCCGAGCAAUAAGAGCUAUGUGCUCAAUAACAACAAUAACAACAACGCCUAUCCGCGUUUCGACAAGGAACACCUGGAAGCGAUCCGGACGACGCUCCUCAACGCCAACGAAGUUACCUUCUGUAACAUUUCGGAGCGCGAUGAGAAGGACCCGCACAUGAUGUCGCAGCUGACGGUGAUCGAGACGCCGGACAUCCGUCGUAAAAAGCGCCUAAUUUCGGAACUAUCUGAAGACUCGAUCCUCUCCUCUUGUCCGGAAUCGACGCGUAAAUCGAAACCAAAAAUACCGGACGGCGGCUACGGGUGGGUGGUGGUGUUUUCAUCGGUCAUGAUAUCGCUUAUCAUGGACGGUGUGUCGUUUUCGUUCGGGUUGAUCUACAUGGAGCUGCUCAAUUAUUUCGGUGAAUCAAAGUCCAAAACGGCAUGGAUUGGGUCCCUCUUUAUCGCGGUCCCCCUUCUGAGUGGACCGAUUAUGUCCAGUCUGGUCGAUCGGUACGGUUGCCGGAAGAUGACAAUCCUCGGAGGUAUGGUGGCUACGAUUGGCUUCGUGUCUGCUUCCUACAGCCAGUCGGUUGAGCAGCUUUACUUCACCUUCGGUAUUGUUUCUGGGUUGGGUCUGGGCGUCGGAUACGUCACCGUCGUCGUUUCCAUCGCUUUCUGGUUCGAUAAAAAGCGUACCUUUGCCACUGGUAUCGGUGCUUCCGGUACCGGACUGGGUACUUUCCUCUAUGCUCCCCUCACCCAAUGGCUAAUCGAGUAUUUCGGUUGGCGUGGAGCUACCCUGAUCCUUGCCGGAACCCUCUUCAACAUCUGCGCCAUGGGUGCUUUGAUGCGGGAUCCCGACUGGAUGAUCGAAGAAUCGAAGCUGGAAAGCCGUUGCCAAAGCAUGGCCACAUUCUCCAACUCCAGCAUUGCGCUCGACGAAAUCAAAAAACUGCUCGAAACCGGUGUCCCCAAGGAACAUCUCCUAGACACAUUGGUCACCAACGUUAACACGGAAGCCAACCAAGACAUCCCACCGGACGACCCAGCGGUUUCCAAAAAGUACCAAAGUGAACUAUCACUGCCGACCUUCAUCAAGCACGAUCAUGAUCACAUCUCCGGAAGUCGUCAUUCUCUGCGCCACAUGCUUCUUUCCAAGGAAACCUACCGUAAACUUGAAGAACAACUCUCCCCACUAGAAGAAGUAAUCCCCAACCAAGCCAAGUUGGCAAGCUCGGAAAGCCUCAACUCCUACGAAAAACUUUCCAGCACGGGAAACGAGAAUCACUCCAGUCUCGGAUCCAAAAUUUCCCUGCAAACGCUUAGCGUAGCAUCCCUCGACGAAGGAUACCUCAGCAGUCAACGGCAGAAAGAGCUUCAAUCCCGAGGAGGUGGUUCAACUUGGUCCCUGGACGAAACCGCCCUAGCAGCCAAGGAAGAAGCCGACGAAGAAGCGCGAAGAUCCUUCCGAGGAACUUCCCUGGAUGUGGUCUACGAGAACGAGAUCUUCAAUCCGAACGUCAACACCACCGUUACGCUGGAAGUUCCGAAGCAGAAGCACCUCAAGCCGGUUAAGAAGAAUGGUGGCCUGAAGCGGUCCCACGCGCAUCAUUAUUCGUUGCGGUAUUCGAACUUCCUCAAGGAUAUGCGGGUUCAUAGGAACUCGAUUCAUUAUCGAGGAGCGCUGUUAAACACCCAUCGAUAUCGGUUGAAGGCUUCGUCAUGCCCCAACAUCUACCGUAACUCGAUGACCACCAUUGCAAGGGAGAAAGAUGAGAUAUAUAUUGUGCAUCCGUUUAUGAACCGUCUAGAAGCAUGGUACGACAGCUUCGUCGACGCCAUCAAGACCAUGUUCGACUUCUCGCUGUUCUUCCAGUACAAGUUCGGCAUGAUGUCCCUUUCGACUCUGAUGCUGUUCACCUGGUACAUCAUACCGUACUUCUGCAUCCCGGAUUACAUCCUCAUCUACGGUUUUACCGAACAGGAUGGAGCUAAUCUGAUUUCUGUGAUCGGUAUUACGAACACUAUCGGGAUGGUCGGAUUGGGUUGGCUCGGUGAUCGUCCCUGGUGCAAUGUGAGCCGGACCUAUGCCAUCUGUCUGGCUUUGUGCGGUGCUUCGAUAGCUUUCAUUCCGUUUAUCGUUUCGAGCUACCCGUGGAUGAUGCUUAUGUGUAUCCUGUUCGGGAUCACGUUUGCCAGCUCGUUUUCCUUUACCCCGAUCAUUCUGGUGCGAUUGGUUAGUCUGGAUGAUUUUACCGUGGCCUAUGGGUUGUGUCUGCUGGUGCAAGGUAUCGGUAGCUUGAUUGGGCCUCCGUUGGCAGGUUUCCUAUUCGAUUUGACCUCAAGUUGGGACGUUGCGUUUUAUGCGGGUGGGUUCUUCAUUUUCCUAGCCGGAAUAUUCGCCUGGUGUGUUGGCUCGCUGGAUCCGAUCCCGGAUGACGAGGACGAAGAGAAGGAAAGUGAGGCAUUUAGCUCGACUUUCACAGAUUAGAGGGAUAGUAGGCCACUCGAAAGUGACUGAAGACACAGAGAUUUCAAUUGUCUACGUUUCAAGGUUCAUAAUUGGAGAAUACAUUUAGUGACAUCUUAGUUUUAUCGUAUUUAAAAUUGAAUUUCGUACUAUUUUGACCUUUUUUCUAGAAAAUUCACAAAAUUCUGGCAAUUCAUGUCAGUUUAAAGUGACGAUUUGUCUCUGUGCCUUCAGUCUGUUUAACAAGAAUGAAUUAUUCAAAUUUAAGACCUGAAGUUGGAGUUGAUCGAGUAAAGAUAGAGAGAGAGCAAUAAGUACUUAGCAAUGACAAUUUUUUGUUUGUUUAAUCUUGAUACUAAGUUUACAGAGUAAGCAUUUUUGGAGGUAGUGUUAAUUAGUUGUAAUUUUGUUUGAUUGAAAACCGAAAUCUGAAUCAAAAACCUAACAAUACAAUUCAGCUACCUCAUUUUUUUGUCUAAAAGUACAGUUUACACGCAAUCCUCAAGUUCAUUUUUGGCACAUCUCGAAAACAAUCCAAACCUAAAAAGUAUUCAAAAAGAAAUUUGAAAGCAACAAAUAAUAUGCCUUAAACUUUUCCCUCUAUUUCUAUAGGAAAAAAAGUCCACGUGUAGAAUCUUUGAAACACAUUUCGUAUUUUAGCUAGCUAGCAGAACAAAAACUUAUGGAGACAGACAUCAGAUAGAUCUGACUGCGGUCUAUUUACACUAGUAAGAUUUCGGCAUCCCCAAAAAGGAUGCAACACGAUUCAGUUUAGUAGAUAAAACUUGUGUAGCAAUUGAAAUAUUUUGCUGAGCAAAACGUGUGAUCCCCGAUAUAGUGUUUAGUUCAAAUUUUUGGAAACGAAUUUUGUCUAAUAACACCAGAAAACAGGUUUUAAUUGGCUCCUUUCGUAGCAUAUGAAUAUAUCAUAGAUGCACCACGAGCAUAAAUUCCUCAUUUAGGUAGCUACUUGUGUUUAUCGUGUGAUAAAUAAAAUAAUUAUUUAGGAAAUUUUAGGCCAAUUAGCAGACAAAAAGUAUGCAGCAAACUUAAACCAAUUAAAAGCAUUCGUAUGAUAGUUUUAGAUAAAGCUAGCCUCGGAAAAAAUGUUUGAUAAAAGAAAAAAUACUAAAAAAUAAAUAUAGCAAAAAUUCUUCGAACAUUUUUAACCAAUUUUGGGAUUGUAAAAAUUACUGCUCUACAUCGAUGUUGAAAUAACACUUUAGGGAAAACCGUAAAACAUAUAUGCGAGCGAGUUCACCUACCCAAUUACAACACUAGUUUGCAAUAAAUUUAUAUAUUUGA